UAUACCUAGAAUCUAAUUUCUUGUUCAAAUAAAACACAAUAGCAUUAAUUUAUUGUAAUAUUCGCGCGCGUGGUCAUAAAAAAACCUAAUUUUGCUUGUCCGAAUAAGUUCAUCUAUUAGUAAGUUCAAUUACAUGUAUGAAGGGGUCAAAUAUUGAAUAGAGGUGCCGAUUUCAAUUUCAAAUCGAACUAAUGAAUAUAAAUAAAACACGAUGUCUCUAGUGAAUUUUUUAUUUGCUUGGAGAUUCUGAAGAUGGCUAGUGACGUCAGAUCGUUCUAUAAAAACAAGAACGUGCUGCUAACGGGCGGAACUGGAUUCUUCGGGAAAAUGAUCAUCGAGAAACUUUUGAGGACUUGCGAAGUGAACUUGAUCUACGUCAUAGUUCGACCCAAAAAAGGACGUACUGCCGAGCAGAGGCUUCAAAGUUUAUUCGAAGAAGCUGUAUUUGAGAGAAUUCGAGAAGACUGUCCAAAACGUUUUCAAAAAGUCCAUGCUUUUGAAGGCAACUUGGCUAAGAAAGAUCUAGGACUGAGCGACGAAGAUAGAGAAAUCAUCAAAUCAAAUGUGAACGUAGUAUUCCACUGUGGUGCCUCCCUAAACAUGGACUCCGUGAAGCUAGAAGAAGCAGUCAUCACCAACAUCCGAGGAACUUCAGAGUUACUCGAUUUAAUGGGAAACGCCUUGGAUCUCCAAGCAUUCAUUAUCGUCUCUACUGCCUACUCAAACUGCUGCGAAACAACCAUAAAAGAACAAUUUUAUGAGCCAGCUAUAGACCCAGACUUGCUGGUGGCUAUGACAGAAAAACUAAACCCUAACACCUUGAAUGCUAUAUCUACAGGAUUAAUAGGAAAAUGGCCAAACUCUUACGUUUUCACUAAAGCUGUAGCAGAACAUUUGAUUCUAUCCAAAGGGACUCGUCUUCCUAUGGGCUUGUUCAGACCAGCAAUCGUGACUUCUACUGCCUUCGAACCAUUUCCUGGAUGGUCAGACAACAUGUAUGGACCACUAGGUAUAUUGCUCUAUUCCCACAGUGGGAUAUUGAGGGUAGUACGAUGUAAUGGGAAAUUCAUGUCUCACACUGUCCCGGGUGAUAUGUGCAUCAAUGCCAUUUUGUGUUUGGCAUGGGAUAUCAGUAAAAAAUGGGCAUCAUGGUCUAACGAUUAUGUCCCACCUGUGGUGAAUUUCUCUGCCAAUGGUACAAAACUCCUGAUCCCGAUGGACAAAUACAUACAUCUAACCAAUAUAGAUACCCCGCCAUUCAAAAUAGCAAUGUGGUACCAUAUGUUAUACUUGGUAAAGAACAGAUAUAGCUACAUCCUAGCGAAAUUUGCUUUACACACGAUACCUGCCUACUUGAUUGAUGCCUUGUUUUCGAUGUCCAAAAAAAAGCCAAAGAUGCGGAAAAUCUAUGCGAAGCUCGAGAAAACCUCGGAGGUUUUGUGUUAUUUUCUGAUGAGGGAAUGGAUCAUCGAAAAUGACAAUGUUAGAGAAUUGUGGGAGAAACUGGGACAAGAGGAUAAGCAGAUUUUCAACUUUGAUAUAGAUUCCAUCGAUCUCAAUACGUACCUGAGCAAUAUGAUCGUCGGUAUGAAGAAGUUCAUUUUGAAAGAAGACAUGACUAAACUGAAGCAACAUAAACAAAGAUAUACAAGGUUGCGUCUUCUACACCACACACUGAAGUAUUCACUACUGGGUGUUGCAGUAUUUCCUUUAUACAAGAUGUUGUCUCGAAUUGUACGCAAAAAAACAUUAAUUUGAAUUAUUUUGCCUCUCAACUUUUGUCAAUUCUGUUGUACCUAUUAAAUUUACGAUUUUUUCUA